GGCGGAGUGGGAGAGGCUGUCAAUCCAGGCGCGCCGCUGGAAUCCGGGACAACUGGAGCGACGUUACGGGAAUAGGCACCCCCUCAGCGCCCCGCCUCCUCGGCCUGCGGGCCAAUGCCCACGCCCGUCCGGCCGUGCUGGAGCCAAUCAGAGACCGCGCAGCUCCGGGCCUAGGGUUGGGAGCUAGAGUGAGCGAGGAGGGGCCGUUAACUGGGCCUGGGCUGGAAAAGGGAGGGCGGCUGCGUGCCUGCCCGCCCCGGGGACGGUGGGGAGACAAGAGCGGACAGACCCGGAGGCCGCGAAGCCCGAGCUCGGCGUGGUGACCGCCCCUGCCCGCCGGAGCUAGGGCAGGCCCGGGGCCUGCCGCCGAAUUGGAGCUGGUGGGUGGAGGAGGCAGCGCCAGCUCGGAGUCGAAGCAAAGCUCCGAGGCCGCUGAUAUUGUGGUACAGCAGAAAAGGUCCAGGAUUUGGAGUAAAAGAAACUGGGUUUAAGUUCUGGCUCUACCACUUACUGCAUGAUCUUGGACAAGACAUUUAACAUCUGUGCACCUCUGUUUCCUCAUCUGUAAAGAUACCUUCCAACUCAAAAAUUAUGAUUCUCUAACCUUCUAUUUAUGGGAAUCUAUACAAGAUGUUGGCUUUAUGGACUUGGAUAGUGCAAGCUUUGUUUAUUUUCCUCACCAGUGAUUCAGUAGGAGGUGGAAUUUUAAAACCAUGGGGUCACAUUGUCCCAGAAUCUCCAGUUAUAGCUCCUAAUACCACUUUCACAGCGACUUGUGUUUUAGAUGAACAGUAUUUGAGUGAUCACCACUUAAAUGCUAAUCAAAUUUUCUGGAAAAUAAAAGACACUCGUGUUCCUAAAGAACAAUAUACUGUCCUAAAUAGAACAGCUGCCAGUGUUACUUUGGAAGAUGUGUCUUCAUUAGGUGGUCUACUAACAUGCAACAUUUUACUAUAUGAACAGAUUGAACAGACUAUUUAUGGAAUCCAAAUCAGAGUGGGCUGGCCUCCAGAGAAACCAAAAAAUUUGAGUUGCAUUGUAAAUGGUCAAAGUAGCAUGAAGUGUCAGUGGGACCCCGGAAAGGAAACACAUUUGGAGACAACGUAUGUUUUAAAGUCAGAAUGGCCAACACGGCAGCUGACAGAUUGCAUUCCACCACCCAAUGUAAAUAACUCAUGCAUAGUUGAUAUGGUUGUGGUUUAUGUCAAUAUGGAUGUCUGGGUAGUAGCUACAAAUGCCCUUGGGAAUGUUUCAUCUGAUCGUAUCAAUUUUGAUCCCAUCGAUAUUGUGCAACUCCUUCCUCCACAUAAUGUAACAGUCAGCAAUUCUAAGGAAAUAUCAAGUAUCUUAAAAGUGUCAUGGACCAACCCUAUUGAAAAACCUUUCGACAGACUGAAAUAUAACAUUCGGUACCGUGCCAGAGAUGCUUCAAAUUGGACACUGAUUCCUCCUGAAGACACAGCUACGACCCGAGAUUCAUUUACUGUUCAGUAUCUUAAACCUUUUACAGACUAUGUGUUUUCAAUUCGUUGUAUGAACAUAGAGGGUAGGGGAUUCUGGAGUGAUUGGAGUGCAGAAGCAAGUGGAGUCACAUAUGAAGCUAAACCAUCAAAUGCACCAAGUUUCUGGUAUACGAUUGAUCCUUCUCAAGGUCAUGGAUAUAGACUGGUACACCUGAAAUGGAAGACUUUGCCUCGCUCUGAAGCCAAUGGAAGAAUUUUAGAUUAUGAAGUAACUCUAAGGGGAGGGAAAGCAUCGCAUUUACUAAGACACAUUAAUGACACAAAGUUGACUCUGAAUGUCACAAAUGACCCAUGUGUUGUAAGUCUGAAAGCUCGUAAUAUAGUUGGAAGCUCUGACCCAUCUACUUUAACCAUUCCUGGCCGUGACUUCAAAGCAGCUCACCCUAUUACAAAUCUUAGAGCAUUUCCUAGAGAUAAUGAACUUUGGGUAGAGUGGACACCUCCAAAUGAACCUGUAAAUAAAUAUGUGCUGGAGUGGUGUGUAUUUUCCGACAAUUUGCCAUGUACUCCUGAUUGGCAGCAAGAGGGCAGUGCCACAAAACAAACCUACUUAAGAGGAAGUUUAAUGGAGAGCAAAUGUUAUUUGAUAACAGUUAUCCCAGUGUAUGAUAAUGGCCCAGGAAGCCCACAGUCUGUAAAGGCAUAUCUUAAACAAGCUCCCCCUUCUAGAGGACCUUUUGUUCGAACAAAGAAAGUGGGGAAAAAUGAAGCUGUCUUAGUGUGGGAGCACCUUCCUGUCGAUGACCAGAAUGGUUUCAUCAGAAACUAUACCAUAUUUUACAGAACUAGCAGUGGAAAUGAAACAGCUGUGCAUGUAAACUCAUCCCACACGGAAUAUACACUUUCCCCUUUGACUAGUGACACGUUGUACAUGGUGCGGAUGGCAGCAUAUACAGAUGAAGGGGGCAAGGAUGGGCCAGAAUUCACUUUCACUACUCCAAAGUUUGCCCAAGGAGAAAUUGAAGCCAUAGUUGUGCCUGUUUGCUUAGCAUUCUUGUUGACCACUCUUCUGGGAGUAUUGCUCUGUUUUAACAAACUGGACCUAAUUAAAAAACAUAUUUGGCCUAAUGUUCCAGAUCCUUCAAAGAGUCAUAUUGCUCAGUGGUCACCUCACACACCAACUAGGCACAAUUUGCAUCCCAAAGAUCAGAUGUACCCAGAAGGCAAUUUCACUGACACUGAUGUCAGUGUUGUGGAAAUAGAAGCAAAUGAGAAAAAGCCUCUUCCAGAAGAUCUAAAGUCAUUAGAUCUCUUCAAAAAGGAAAAAAUAACUACUGAGGGGCACAGUAGUGGCAUUGGAGGUUCUUCAUGCAUGUCAUCUUCUAGGCCAAGCAUUUCUAGUAAUGAUGAAAGUGAAUCUGGACAAAACACUUCAAGCACCGUGCAGUAUUCUACUGUGGUACAUAGUGGCUACAGGCACCAGCUUCCAUCAGUCCAGGUCUUCUCAAGGUCUGAGUCCACCCAGCCUUUGUUGGACUCAGAGGAACGACCAGAAGACCUACAGAUAGUAGAGAAUGGAGGAGGUGGUGAUGGGGCAUCACCCAGGCAGCAAUAUUUCAAACAAAACUGUAAUCAAGAUGAAAUCAGUCCAGAUUUAUCACAUUUUGAAAGAUCGAAGCAAGUUUCUUCAGUGAAUGAGGAAGAUUUUGUUAGACUUAAACAGCAGCAGAUGUCAGAUCAGAGAUCACAGUCGUCUGGAUCUGGACAAAUGAAAGAUUUUGAAGAUGUUUCUGCAGCAGAUCAUUUUGGUGCGAGUACCGAGGGACAAAUUCAGAGAUUUGAAACGGUGGGGUUAGAGGCAGCAGCUGAUGAAGGAAUGCCUAAAAGCUACCUACCUCAGACUGUAAGACAAGGUGGCUACAUGCCUCAGUGAGGGAAACUAUUUUCUCUUAAGACUUAAGCAGUGACUGUUUUCCUGUAAAGCUAAGUAUACUUUUAUCUGUGACUUCAGAUAAAAACAUCACUUAUCAAAGGUGGUAUUUGACCUCCUGGACUAAAGCAUACUCUUACUUAAAUGGGCUAUUUCUCUUCCAGAAUAACUGGGAUUCUACAUCAAGCACUACAUGAACUGUUUUGCAUCCUGUUUGAAUAGUUAAAUUUGUGCUGCUUCAGGAUGUUUGCAUUUUAAAAAGAAAAAACUUGUCUAAAAUUCUUUAAGUGAAACUUUUCAUUUGUUUUGUUAUUGAGAAGACAGAGGGCAUUUAAUCAGUCGGCAUGGCCGUACUGACUCAGAAAUUUAUUGACCUUGUUAAGAUGGUCAGUCAUUCUAAGAAUGGUAGAAGUGCAAAUAUUGGAGCUUAGGAAGAUUAUUUCUUUUUAAGUGAAGAAUCACAUGUUUGGUUUUCAUGUUUUGGUUUCUAAAGCAAUGAACAAAUGAGGGUACCACAAGUAACAAGCCUGAUUUCUAUAUGCCACAAAAAUGGUCAAUCUCAUUAUUAUGUGCUGCAAAUAAAUUAGGCCUAAGUUGACUUCUUUUCAAUUAUGAUAAUGCCACUGAUUGUUACCACAGAACUCAAAUUGUGGAUCCUCCAUCUUAGCAAAUUAAAAUGUUUCAAUUUUUGUUUGCCAUGUCAUGUACCGAACAUAAUCUUCACUAACGUGGACGGAGCAAGGGAGAGGAUUGGGAAGAGGAAAUCACUCUGCUACUGCUGUCAUGAGCCUCAUUUAGGCAAAUUCACUUUGUCAGGUGUUCAGUGGAAAGCUCAAAUGCUGCCAACUGCUGUAGGCACAUUUAUAAGCUGCUUGUAGUUUGCAGAGGUUUAAAUUUGUAACGUUUCUCUGUUGGUGUAUUUUGAAAUUAUAGGCUCUUACCAGGCUUCAGAAAAUGUGGUUAGAGAAGCACUUUAUCUAAACUUCUACACUUAAAAAUUUUUUCAUUUAAUAUAUUUUGUGUUUUUCUUUUUAAUUAAGUAGGCAGCAUUGAAAAAUUACUGUUUUUUCUCAGCACUUGACUCUUUUGAUGCUACUUGUCACUGUUUACCAGGCAAAAAACAAAAAAACUUCUACAUAGUGAUUUUCCUAGAUUGUAAUCGUUGUCGUCACCAGAAUUAUAUUUACUUAUUUACUAAGGUGAGUGUUUCUAACAAGAUACCGAAUACUAAUCCAGAGGUGGAAUGGGAAGUAAGAGUACCCAGCUUCAUUAAUUCUGUCUUGUUAAGGUUAAGGACUUGUUUUAAAGCCGUUUUAAUAUGCUCUGUUACCUUUCAGGGGCCUAGGAGCUGCCUCUUCAUUACUGCUGGCUUAACCUUGUGGGUCACAUACUCAUUUGUAUCACCCCCUAAAAAUGCAUUCUCUACCAGCCAUAUUUUAACAAGGUAGAAGUGGCCUGGACAGAUUGGAUGAAUACUCGUUAGAGCUUAAAAUGAGAAAAAACUCACCAGCACCAAAAUAGACUCCUGCUAUCCGAGGAAGGGAGAGGCUGUUGUUGUUUUUAAUAAGAUUUGAGUUACAGAAAUCAGACAAACUUUCAGAUGUGGCUCUGCCUAGAGGUUACUAGUCUGUUGCGACUAGAAAGCUAAAGUGAACUGGUGUUUAUUCCAAGAUGAAAUAAAAUUCUAUUUUCAGCAUCUUAAUUGUUCACACUAGCCUUCCCAUUUGUUUUUGUGAGUAUGUUAUGCUUUUAUUUUAAUGCUUUACACUUACCAAGAGGCCAUCUGGCCUAGUGAAUGUAGAACUGGCCUCAGAGUCCAGAAGGCCUGGGUUCAAGUCUGCCCUCUGAUACAUUGUGUCUGUGGGACCCUGGGUCCAUCACUUAGCUUCUCAGUGCCCCAGGAAACCCUUGAAGAGACUGUAAGUUUUAGAAGAGGUGCUGCCGGGCUACUUUAGUAGAGGAUUUUCCUCCCUGGGGAGCUAUGUACAGUGAUGAAAUCACAGGCCCAGUUUUUUUUAAAAGUUCCUUUCCAAAAUGCUUUCACAUUUAGGAUUUCAUUUAAUAGACAAUCAUAACUUUCCAUGUGCUGAGACAUCCAGUUUCCUUCCCUUGACAAAAGACUGUUAGAGUCAUAGAAUUGUAGACCUGGAAAAAAAUUUCACUUCACAUAAAUAGAAUCAGCUAGACCACUAAUUUUCAUCCUUUUGGUGUCAUGACCCCUUUUAGUUUUAGUGAAACCUAUGGACCCCUUUCUCAAAUAAUGUUUUUAAAUGCACAAAAUAAAAUACAGAGAAAACCAAUUAUAUUGAAAUACAGUUAUUAAAAUACUUUUUAAAAACAAGUUCACAGACUCCAGGUUAGAUCAAAAGCCUAGAUCAAAGCCAGUCUCAUCAUUUUGGAAAUUAAAUAGUAUUCCUUUUUCUGGUACAGGCUAGAACAGGGGUGGGGAACCUGUGACCUGGAAAAAUUCUGUGAUUUAUAAAACUUGAGACUCAAGUAGCAAUGACUUGACUCCAAUUAGAAAUUCAGUGGCAUAAAUGUCUUUUAAAGUGGAACUUAAAUAUAGACCCUACAAAGUACCAAAUUUUGACAAGUAACCAUCUGUCCAUAUUUUAUUUUCUUUUAUGUGAUCUCUUCCUUUAUCUCUUACAGCAGAAGUGUCAUACAACUCCCAAGUGUGGCCUGAACCAAAUUAAAAUAUAAUCGGGAAAUCUUUAACAAAAUAAAUAAAAAUACAAUAAAAAAGAGAUAAUAUUACAUUAUAAAACUAAGUCAACAUGCAGCUCACAGGGGUCCUUGUAUACAGUUUAGUGUCUCCAGUUUCUAUGUGAGUAUGACUUCAUUAUCUGUGUAUAGUAUUUAAAGAUGCUUCCCUGGCACUUAUCCCAUUCUCCCUCUUGUAUGUACAGGAACAUACAUUGGGUGCCUUGCAUUAGAUUCUAAGAUCCUUGAGGAUAGGCAGGAGCUCUCAUUAUUCUAUCCAUCCCUUGCAUAUAGCACAGUGCCUUUUAACAAAGUAGGUGCUGAAUUGAGAACUAAUGUUUUAUUUUUAAGCAUGACAUUCCUUUUUUCAAAUCAUACUUCUUAUCAGAUUUACUAUGAGUAGAGUUUCUGUUAGUGAUUGCAUUUUGUUAAAACACACAAUUCAUUAAUUUGGAGAUAAAGUAUUUUUCUUUUUUGCAGGAGGGGGGUUGGGGUCAUUUGGUUUGUUUUGGUUUCUUUACAAUCCCAGGUAAAAAAAAUAGAUGCUGAUUAUUUCCUUUACUUUUGAAUUUCACUUAGUUUCUACUCCUACUACUUCUAUGCUUAAUUAACGCUUUUGCAAAAUUUCUUUUGAACAGGUGAAACCCAAAAAAUUUUGUUUUAUUUAAAACCAUAAGAUGUGUUUCUUCUAAUAAGUUAGUAGAGUUAACAUAUAAUAAUAACUUCAUACAUGGAUCCUUCCUUGUAUGUUGAUCCAAUAUACAUGCGCACUGAUCAAGUACACUCUAUUUUGCUAUGUAUAAACAAAGAAUUUAAUUUUUUUAAACUAAGUGAUCUUAGGAUGAAUAAAAUACUUCUUAGAAGCCAUUAAGUGCCUAAAAUACGUUCAUAGCUGGACUAGGCACUGUGCAUAAUACAAUCAAUCCAGUUGAGAUGACUCACAGAAAACACUAGAAAGUUUUUUAAGUCAGAGUGUAACAAAAUGCAGGGCACUGUGGUGAAGAGGGCGGUGCCAUGGAAUUUCAGAGUAGGAUGGGUUCACAGAGAAGGCGCAUCUUGAACUGGAUCUCGAAAGAAGUAUAGGGUUUCUCUUGAGAGCUGGCAGAACAUGGCAUUCCUCAAAGGAAGAUCAUGGAGGGAGAAACAAAUAGGGGAUUUGCCGAGGGACUAUAACAAAACUGGCACAGCAGGUAUAUAUCAAUAGCCUAACGCUGAUUCCCUUAGACUUUGUAAAUACAGACUGAAAAUAGAUUUGUGUAAAUGUCACAGUCUUGCACUACUGUAACUAUCACCACUACUCUAAUAAAAACAGCAGAUCGCGUUUUCUUAGUACUUACGUUCCCUUCUGACGGUUAUGAUAACGAAACAAAACAAGACAAUUACCCACUUGUUUUGAUUGUUAUUUGCAAUAUCAAACCAACCUCAUUACUCUUAGCCCAAAUUUGUAUUAUUAGGGACUGACAGAAUUUAAAUGCAAAGUUUUCCUCCACCAGUCGCUUUAAAGUUAAAUAAAGUAUAAUUUCUUAUUCUACCCCUUUCUACCCAACCCUACUGAUUCUUACCCUUUUUUCCUCUCCCCCCACCGCACCCCCCCAAAAAAUGUUCCACCUAUGAAGAUGAGACCUUACAUAUUAUAACUAGGUGGAUUUUGGUAGGUAGAAAACAUAUGAAAACUUUUUAAACCAGUUUCUCAUUCUAAUAGUUGAUUUCAUUUAAGUAAAGCAUUCCUUCAUUCAAACCUAACUUAAUGCAGUUGGGAGGCAUAAUCUUAGGUGUCUUGUGCAAUAGGGGGAUGACUUAAUUUUGCUAUAUCAUUAAAUUUGGGGUGUUCUUUAAUCUUCCUCAGAAAGCUCAGGGAAAAGUCUCACUUUAAAAGUAGCACUUAACAUGUCUGAUGUAUUUCUUCUGAACUGGCAAUCCGGUUCUUGUCUGUCUAAGUAGAAUGUUCAAAUUGAAAUUGAUAGUGUGACUAGUUUAUGUAUCUCAGCAAUUAAAGGCUGUCACGUGAGGCAUCGAGCAUUAAGGCCUGCAUGGAAAUCUGUCAUGUCAACACAGCAUAUGAUCCAUGUCUUCAUGGUGCCAAAAAAGUAUUGAUGAUUAGUUAUCCUAAUUGAGGUUCAAUUCAGGUGACCGUGUAGGCACAGCCAUAGUGUGAAGCCUUUGGCCUGAAAUCACAUGUCUGUCCACCUUUCUUUUCUUUUCUUCUUCUCUUUCCUUCUUUGUAGUUCUUAGAUAUUUAGGGGAGUAUGAGUCAUUUAAGAGAGCAUCUUGUGAGCAAGAUGUACAAUGAGACACACAUGCGUACACACACAUACUGUUACAUAUAUAUAUAUAUAUGUGUUUAAUAUAGUAGAAUGAAUCCUAUUAGCUGAACUCUUUAGAACAUGCUAGAAUCUAAAUAGAAACUUGCUUUCUGUGCAGAGAUUCAUUUUCUAUACCAGGUUUUCACAUAGUUAAAGCAUGGACAUCCAAAAGAUAAAAAUGCAUUUGGGCAUUAAUAUUUUAUUUGCAUUUUAUCCAAAGAGGAAAAAAAGCCACAAUCUUGUUUUUAAUGUUAAAUUACCAUCCUGGGAGAUAUUUUAAAAAGAUACCCAUCUUUGCACUUGCUUUGAAUAUGUAUGACAAAUAUGGCAAAUCUGGUUUGUUCACAGAAAAGUGAUUAUACUUCUAAACCACUGGUUAUUAUUGUCUUUAAAUAUUUGGGGUCAAGAUGACUUUAUUCUACUUCAAAAUAAUGACACUUUAUCUGGAAAACAACCUCUUCAUGGAGGAAAGUGAACUCAGUAGCUCAAGAGGUACGUUUGCCCAUCUGUAGAAAAAAAAAUUUUGUUAGCCGCAACUAGCUCAUUAUAUUUAGAACUGUUAAAUUUUAACUAAUAGUUACUACUAGUAUCCAAGGUCUAACCCUGUUAUUAUUUAGCCAUUUUAAGAAUAAAAGUUUUAAGAAAUUUUUACUCAUUAAAAUGUAAAAAAAACCCCCAGUUUUUGUCUUUUUAAAAAUAUUAACCUAGGAAGAUGCCCAACAUUUAUGCCAAAUAAGCUGAAUUGUGUAUAUGAUAGAGAAUUGGGAGUUAAUAUAACAUGAAUAUAAUUAGGAAAAUCAUUAAUUGUGCAUUUGUAUAUACUUGUUUUCAUAUUAUUUGCUAAGACUUUAUUAAGGAUGUUACACAAGAACCAAUCUGAUAAGCUUGAUUCCUACUGAAAAGACAAUUAUGAAAAUAAGACACAUAUAUGUAUAUAUAUAUAUAUAAAGUGUAACAAGUUUUCAUUAACCAAAGGAUUAAUUUAGGUAGAAUCUCAUAUAGUUUUGGGCAAUGCUUGCUUUACUAGCACUUACGCUAAAACUGGAAUGAUAACAGUGAACACUACUAGCAUGCCCCCCCCGCGCACAAGGCUGGCAUGCAAAUUCACAUUCAUUUGUACUAUUAAAAUCUGAAAACCUGGAAAAAAAAUUAGUUUGGGACAUUUGGAUUAAAUUGAGUUGAAUUACAAAUACUUAGAACUUUUCCCUUCACUACUUCUUCACCCACACAUUAAGCCAACCAAAAUCAUAGCUAUAGAAAGAGAAUGAGUAUGUUGUAGAACUUCCAGAACUAACCAGAUGACUGGUUGAUAAAAUCAAGUCAAGAAGGGGUCCUACUCUACCAUUUCAUGUUUCAUCAUUUUACUGUCUCUAUAUUGCUAUGUUUUCUCAAUGAUGUAUUCUUUUAAGUAUCAGAUUUUAAAGCUAUCCAUGUUUUGUCUUUAAAGUUGCAGUAAUUGCUUCCCAUUUCAAUAAAGUAUUUUAUUCCAUUGGGAUGGGUUAACUGUUUGAAAGUCAUUAAUAUGCUAUACAAAACCAUUCAGAUGAAUGGGGAGCAGUGAGGCAGGCAGCCGAGGGAUUUAACUUCCUGCAAGUCAAGAAUUUAGAUACUUGCACUGAGGUGGUCAUUAGCUAGCUAAUGGGACAAACUUUUUAUGACAGUUUAGAAAAACCAGAGCAGCAUUGAGAUGUCAGCACAUGUACAUGAGCACACAUACACACACAAACACACACAGAUUCAAAAGUACAGAAGUACUUACUAAAGCUAAAUGUAGAUGAUUUUCAAAUUAUUCUGUGUUGGUAAAAGUCCUUACUACAAUGAGUUUGAUUAUAUCCUUGAUUUUAAUUAAAAUGAAAGAGGAAGGGUCAGCACAAACCUUUUAUAAUAAUUCAUUAAAUCCUAGAAUAAUAAAAAGCUUUUUAAUUUAGGGAAAUCCAAAGAACUGUAUGGCUUAAUCUAUUAUAACUAUUAUAAAAGUAAUAUUAAGAAAAUCAUAAUAAAGGCCAUUUGAUGAAACCUUUGCAUCUUUUCUAUAUAAGCUUCAUAAAAACAUAUAUUUAUGCAGUUAUCCCUUCCACAUCGCGACUUUCCCCAUCGCAGUUUUGGUAUGUCACAAGUCGGCAUAAGAAAUUAAAUGGAAAUUUUGUGGAAGCAGCAGACGACACACAAAGGUACGAAGAUGACACAGAAGUUUAGAAACUCAGAAAUGCAUAAAAUUAUAUGCAUAGUAUUGUAUAAUAUCAAUAUGCUUUAUCUUUUAAUACCAUAAUAAUUCAGAUGUCUUCUCUGAUGCAAAAGGAGAGCCAAAAAUUUUACACUCCUGUUAUUUUGCACCCCUGCCCCACCCCACCUCCAAUGUGGAAGGGAUAACUGUAGCUGUAAGCAACCUCAGAGGUCACUGAAUGCAAUCCCCUCAUUUUACAGAAAAGGAGCUAAGGCCUAGAGAGGCUUAACAGUUUGCAGACAAUCACACAAACGUCAUAAGUAGCAUAGUUAGAAUUUCAACCUAGAUCCUUGACUUCAAAUCCAUUGCUAGAUUCCCUGAACCAUGCCAAGCCCUCGCAGUGAUUCCCAUAAGGGAUCACAAAAAAUUUGGCAACAGUAAAAGGUUUCUGAACAGGCAACAACCAAAAAUUAAAAAUCAAACACAUAAUCUGAAUGGUUCCUGGCAGCUCUUGCCCAUGUUGCAUCAUCGCAGGCUCCAAGAAAUGCUGCUGAAACUGGAAAAGGGGUCGCCAGUGGGAAAACAUGAAGAAGCCCUGCCCUAGAGUGUGUAUUAAAAACUGCCUCAAAUGUCCUAUGAAUGCCAAAAAGCUGUGCCAAAGAAUCAAAAGGUAUAAAGUCAAAUUAUUUUUUAAAAGCUAAUCAAAUUUUUAAAAAUUCUUCAAAUAUCCUAAAUCCUAUUUUAAUCAUAAAUGUGUAAUUUCCUGGUAUUUCAUGCUGUGAUUAGCACUACACCAUUGCACUGCCUCCUCUCAUUUCACAUCCUAGUUCUGAGCAGUUUUCAUGUAAACUAUGCCCAAGAUGUUGUUCCCUUGCUAAUUCUGUUCCCAAACCUAAUUCCAUAUGGCAGUGUGCUCUUAAAUUUGCAGGCAAACGCACAUAUAAACACGUCAUCAACCAUCAUUUGUUGUCGUUACUCCAAAUGUGAUUUUCAAUAUGUAAUACUGAAUAAUUUUCUUUAUACAUUGUACCUGUGAAUCUUUAAAUAAAUUUAAGCAAUAAACUUUUUUCAUGUU